GGUGGGUUCCGAGGGCAAGAUGGGCUGCAGGGGCUGAGGAAGAGCGCGGGCUGGAGAGACCGCUGGUGAGGCUGGCAGACUGUGCACGGAGGAGAGGGCCGCUGCGUCAGGGCUCUGUCUGGGGUCUGUUGUGUGUUGAAGGUGCCCCGGCCUGGAGUUGAGCCCACAUUCAGGCCUUGGGAGGGAAAGAAGAGGACUGGAUGGGGGUGUAUUGAAGGACAAUGGGAAGAGGGCAGCUUCUUCCUCCUCCAGACGAGGGGAAGCACUGGACUCUGGGAAGUGACAGCCCAGAUGGUCUGCAGGUGCACACGGAGGCACUAUGGCAGUGCAGACAAAGCCACAAGGCAUGCAUCCUCCUAACAGGCAGCUGGUUCCCACUGAGUACACAAGGCCAGUGUCUGCACAUCACAGUGUCAUAUUUGGGCAAGUGAGGACUCUGGUUCCACAUCAGGUGCUCUAGCCUGAGAUCCUGAGCCUUGAGCUCAGGGAUGUGGGGUCCAGCACCACCCCAUGGGUGAACUACUUCUCACUCUACCUAGUUCCCAUUCCCUGCAGCAGCUGGCACCACCUGCCCAAUCCUGUAGCUGAAAUCAGCCAUGCGUGCAGAUGUUUAGCCUCUAGAAGGUAGGUGGGUGGAGAUGGGGAAACUGAGGCAUGGAAAGAAGUGGUCCACAGAGGAAACUGGGAGAGUGGGAGCCAGGCUUAGAGGAGGCCUGCUCCUCCUCCAGCCCCAGGUUUCCUUUCUUUGAGCUCAGUGGGCUGGAAAGGUGGAGCUGGCCCUUUAAGCGGAGCUGUCCAGACCAGUGAAGGCAGGCUUUGGUCUGGGGCCCUGUCUGGGUCUGCCCACUCACCAGCCUCCCCUUCUUCCUUCUGGAAUCUCCCUAGCUGGCAUCUGUGGCUUGAACCAUGUUGAAAAUACAAACAGCUGUGCAGUACCCAAUCAUCCAGACUAACCAGAGGCACAGACUGCUGUCUGGGAUGGUGUCUGGAGCCCAAGGCACCAGCUGGGCAUUCUCCCUGGAAACAACAGAGAGAGAAGGCCACUUCAAAACUAGCUGGGUCACCGCUUUGUGUUUCAGCAGUUGAGAUUUGAACCUUAGCAGAGGGUUCUUCUGCCCCAUAACCAGCAGGAGCAGUUGCUGGCCUGUCUUUCUGUGGCCAGGAUGACUACACAGGGCAUGUCAUUGUCUUGGGCUUAGGGAGGGCACACAGAGGAGGCUGGAGGCUCCUCCUGGCUCUGCCUGGGCCAGCAGCUGUCAGUGUGUCCUCUAAAUGGACCCUCUGGAAGGAUGUUUCGCUCUACAAGAAUGGAGAGGAGAAAGCAAGAACCAAAGGCAGGAAGGCCAGAGCACUUGAUCUGCACCAAAGGGGUUGAGGAUCAAGUUCAGGAUCUGGGCCUUGAGGGGACCCUCCUCACUGACAUCCUCUACAGGAAUGUGACCUUCCUCAAUCUAGUGGACCCCAUCUCCCAUGACCUGCUGGUGAACCUGGCCCGGGACCUGCAGUGCCCCAAGAAGGACUAUGAGCUCUGGAAAUCCUCGGACAAGAUCUGCCGGCAGCUCAUCUACCACCUCACCCCUCAUUCCAAGCGGGAGCGAGGACCCAGCCUCCCCCAGAGGAAGACCCCGAGCUGCCUCAAGAGCAGCCUCCAGAAGACUCUGCCGGGCGGGGAGACUGUGGACCUUUCGGGCAUCCCGCUGUCAGCGAGAGACGUGCAGCACAUAGCGCGCUACCUGGGCAGCCAUGGCGCCGGGCUGGCAGUGCUGGACCUGAGCUUCACGGGGCUGAGUGAUGAGCUCCUGCACCUGCUGCUGCCCAGCCUUUGGCUGCUACCCCACCUCACCCAGCUCCUGCUCAACGGCAACCGGCUGACUCAGGCUGCUGCCCGUGAGCUCACGGAGGCAGUCAAAGACACCACCAAAUUCCCUGUGUUGGCCUGGGUAGAUCUGGGCAACAAUGUGGAUGUGGCCUCACUGCCCCAGCCCCUGCUAGUCGGCCUGCGCCGGCGGCUGAGCCAGCGCACCUCGCUCCCCACCAUCUACGAGAGUCUGGACUUUGAGGCUGGGGAUGGCAUAGCUGGGUUCCCCACUGCUGCCUCUACUUGGGGCUCUGCAGCUGCUGACCCAGGGCCUGAGCCCCAGGCCUGCUGUGCCAGGUGACCUGCCACUCACCUCAGUCUGUACUACUGAUUGAGGAUGCCCUUGAGCACAUGAAACAGCAAGUGGUGGAGGUGCCAUGGGCCCCCCAAAGAGCCAGUGAAAAUGCUCAGCCUGGGACCAAGGGGAUGGGAAGAGAAUAGUCUCACAGGAGGCCAGGCAGAUGGCCCACUUAGGAGGCUCGGCCUUCCCUCAGCAGGAGGGGUCCUGGGACCCACACUGCAGACCCCACAAUAAAGUGAUGACCCUCUUUG